UUCAGCCCAAUUCUAAAUAAUAUUUCCGCUCGACUUUUUUCACUUUCCGCAAUCCUCCUAUUCUAAAUGAAAAAAAAAUCGGAUUUUUUCACUUUCCGCUUUCCUCCUAUUCUGAACAAGUUCGAAAGAUUUCGAAAAUGAAAAGUAGGCAUCUCUAACGCAAGUGAAUGGCGGAAAAUUUUGACAGCCCGCGAGAAUUUAUUCACCGGUGACUUGCAAGCGAGUUUCAGCCAAAUAUGUCAAAAUCUACAAAUAAAACGCAAUUGCAAUUGCUUAUCAGCUUAAUGGAAACGCAACCCGCCAUUGCUAGAGGUUUUUUUAAAGGAGACAAAGAGGACCAGACACGAUUUUGGAAAAAAGUAGAGUUGGAGCUUAACGCGGCGGGACCACCAGUAAAAAAUAUCGUAGAGUGGAAAAAGGUAUGGUGCGACCAAAAGCGAUAUGUCCGGCAAAAGGCGUCGGAAAACGUAAAGUUGCGGAAAGGAACGGGAGGUGGCCCUAAUAUGGAGAAAAAACUGUCCCCAAGUGAAGAGGCUAUUUUUAAUUUAAUUGGGUUGGAGAAAUAUGUGGAUGGUGUCCUCGUGGAAAGAUUAGGAUUUCAGGUGGCACCUGAAGAUGCGCUUGUUAUUGACGAUGCCGAAGCUCCGUCAUUUGUUUCAGAAGUUGAGAUAUCCGACAUUAUCGAAGAGGAAAAUUUUGUAGAUAUGUUACCAACAUGGGAUGAUCUAGCUACCUUUAUUGAGCGCCGCUGCCAGACGGUGAAUAUCAUUGAAGUCAGCAGAAAGGCUGCAGCUAAAGUGGCAUCAGCUACCAAGGCACCCCUACCAUUGAAGUCUAAUACAACACUGGUGUCAUCAGUAACCAACAAUUGUUCAUUAUGCAACGAAGCUGUCCUGCAUUCACCAUUUAAAUGUGAAAAAUUUAACGCCAUCAAGUGUCCAUCCACACAUCGUUGCCAACAUUGCAAGGUGAGCCACCACACGCUUCUGCAUCGACACCAGCCUCAGAGUUUGGAGAUCACACAGCCUUCAUCAUCAACUGCGUUAAAGGCCAAUAUAGCCAGCGGUGACGUCAUCCUUGCGACUGCCCUGGUUCAACUGUAUACUAAUCGUGGUAUAAAACUAACCGUACGUGCACUGCUUGAUUCAGCAUCCCAGCUGAAUUUCGUAACGGAGCGUGUAGCUCAAAUGCUCCAAUUAGCACGCAGCAAAAUCAAUACCGAAAUAAGCGGUAUUGGGGCCUUAACAACUAAAUCAUACCAAGGUGGUUUUGUUGGUCUCCAAUCAUUGCACAAUGGAUUUUCUUCGAUGCUAGAGAUAGUCAUAUUACCAGCGAUUUCCUCGCAUCAACCCCAUAAAUUUAUAGAUGUAACAAAUUGGGGAAUAUCAAAAAACAUUAGUCUAGCUGAUCGCACGUUUAACUGCCCUGGACCAAUUGAUCUGCUUAUCGGGGCUGGGCUUUUCUUCGAUAUACUCUCGGUGGGUCAGAUUAAGUUAGACAAACAUCUUCCAUCACUACAAAAAACGCAGCUGGGCUGGAUCAUAGCUGGCACUAUUCAUUCACGACUCUUGGUAUCAUCAUCGACUCUGCUUAGUUCAUCGCCACCCCUCAUCCCUUCCAGCAUACUUACCACAACAGCGCAGCCAUCGUUAGAUAGUCUUUUAGAGAAAUUCUGGAAAAUAGAAGAUAGCUACCACUCUCGAAAGGUUGAGCGUAGGUUGGAAGAGGCCGAGUGUGAGACUUAUUUCCAAAAAACAACAUCGCGUUGCCCUGUAACAAAUAAAUUUAUUGUUCGCUUACCCUUCUCGACAAGUCCAGGUAAGCUUGGUCAUUCAUACGAAAUUACUCGUCGUAGAUUUUGGUCAGUGGAGAAGAGAUUACUCACAGACCAAGCUAUAAAAAACGAAUAUAAAGGCUUUAUGCAAGAAUAUAUUGAAUUGAAUCACAUGGCCUUAGUACAACCAUGUGAAUUAUCAUCGAAGGUUGGUACGUAUAUCCCUCAUCAUUGUGUGGUAAAACUGGAUAGUUCAACGACGGGGGUGGUAUUUGACGCAUCCUGUCGCACGUCAAAUGGGGUUUCGCUGAAUGACAUUCUUCGAAGUGGGCCUACAUUGCAAGAUGACAUAUUCACUAUUCUUCUUCGCUUCUGCACACAUCGUUUUGUAUUAAUGGCCGACAUAACCAAAAUGUAUCGGCAAAUCAUUGUGGAUGAUAGAGAUGCGAAAUAUCAAUGCAUUUUAUGGAGAAACUCACCAGAUGAGCAACUCGGCACUUACCAGUUGCGGACUGUCACUUACGGAACCAGUUGUGCCCCUUUUUUGGCAAGAAGAUGCCUUCAGCAGUUAGCAUACGACAAUGUUUCGACCCACCCGCUUGGGGCUGCAGUCACUUUACGCGACUAUUAUGUUGACAACUUAAUGACUAUCGAAGAAAUAAUGGCCAUCAAAACGGAAAUUAUCGACUUACUAGCUAGCGGAGGAUUUCCUCCUCGGAAGUUUGCGUCAAAUAACGACAACAUCAUAGCUGACAUAUCUGAAUCGGAUAAGGAAGUAAAUGUUAAUAUUGGUGACUUUUCAUACAUCAAGGCGCUAGGACUCAAGUGGUCACCUCAAGACGAUGUUUUCAUGUUUUCGUAUACGCCUUAUGAUCCACCUUCGUCGAAGGUAAGCAAACGCGUAAUUCUUUCGAAAAUUGCGAAUUUCUUCGAUCCGCUCGGAUUAUUAAAUCCAAUUAUAGUUACUUGCAAACUGUUGAUGCAAGAGCUUUGGAAGCUCAAGCUACCGUGGGAUGAAAGUGUUCCAAUGUCCAUCCACACCCAAUGGACGGACAUUUGUCAUCAGAUUACAUCGGUUAACAAAUUACGAGUGCCAAGGUUCGUACAUUUCAACGUUGAAGCCCAACUACACGCUUUUGCAGACGCAAGCACAAGGGCAUAUGGCGCAUGCAUUUACGCAGUAUCACAUUCUGGUGGGACAACGCAUGCAUCGCUUAUAUGUGCUAAAUCUAGGGUGGCACCAACCAAGGAGAUGACUCUCCCUAAAUUGGAACUCUGCGCUGCUGUUCUUCUAGCAGAGUUGGUACAAUCGGUAGCAACUGCUUUCUCUGCAGGCCCUAGCAAUAUACAUUGUUGGUCAAACUCUACCAUUGUAUUGUCGUGGAUACAGGGUGAACCAACACGAUGGACAACAUUCGUUGCCAAUAGGGUGAUCAAAAUCCAGCAGCUUACAGCAAACUACACUUGGCAUCAUGUGCCCUCAGAGGAGAAUCCCGCAGACAUAGUAUCACGUGGAGCCAAGGUGCAUGAUCUCAUCGGCAAUAAUCUCUGGUUCCACGGGCCAAUUUUUGUGCAGCAGGCAGAAUCGAGGUGGCCCGAAAAUCCAAUGAAUAAUAUGGAAACGUUGCCAGAGCGGCCCAAAAAACAUCACGCUCUCCUGGCAGCGCAGUCAGAAGACAUAAUUGCAAGUCAUAAAUAUGCCAACAACUACUAUAAACUUCUUCGCAUCGUCGCUUAUGUUCAGCGCUUCAUAUCACGCCUUCGUCGUUCACCAACUAUGCACUCGGGGUCAAUUGCCGCAGAAGAGUUGGAUGCCGCCUUAAUGCUCGUUUGUCAGUAUAUACAAAGACAAUCGUUUGCUGCUGAAUAUAAGGAUUUGCAGGAAGGUCGAGUCUCUCCACUAAAAGAUGAAGAGAUACAAAGGUUUAUGAAUUCUCUAAAUGAUGAGGAUCUUAGCACGGAUGAAGGUGAAAUCAGCGAUUUUGAUGAUGAUAGUGUCUGCAAUCCAAGCUAUGUUCUUUCAUCAGAAGAUGAAGCACAGAUUGAUGAAUAUAUGGGUGAAUUGGUUCGAGCACCAUCAGUAUUCAUGUCAUAUGCUAUUGAUACAUCGUUCAACAUGAUCAAAUUUAGUGAUGCCAAUGAAAUUAGUGCAUCUGCAGUGGAAUUACGGCGUUCCUCACCUAUAGCUAGCUGUUCGUUUAAUGUGACCGCUGAUGUAGGGGCAGAGAACGAACAUAUUGCACGACCUGAGAUUGAAGUUCGAAAAGAACUACGAAAGAUUCGACUAUCAAAGCGGCCCCGAUCUCCAUUACCAGAGCUAGAUGCUAUCGGGCUGGAAUCAACGCGAAUAAUGGUGGCUUCAUUGGUUCCAGUUAUUCUGAUUUGAAUCAUGGCAAUCCUGAAUUGAAAAAAAUUAUUUGGAAGAACAAAGAUAUGCAGCUUCAUAAAAAUCAAAUUGU